UGUUUGCAUGGCUCCUUUAAAAAUGAAACUUUGUAUGACUGAACAUUCCAAAAGAGAUGUGCUAAAUUUCCCAAAGUACUGGUAGCCAUAGUAGCAGGGCAAUCAGGGCGAAUUUGAAGUCUCUUCCAACUUGUGCGGUCAUCUCCCUCCUCGACACCAUGGACGGAAAAGAGGUGCUUGACGUCGCGGACCCCAAGCCAAGGGCCAAAUACACGUGGGGCCGCACGAACUACGACCGCUACUUGCUCCCGUGCGUCGCCGAGUUCUUCGGCACGGCGCUCUUCGUCUUCUCGGGCUGUGCCUCAGUCAUCGAGAACUCCCCGGGCACGGGUCGCCUGCAGCCCGCUGUGGCACAUGGCCUGGCCCUCUCCAUCUCCAUCGCAAUCACGGCCGGAAUCAGUGGCGGCCACAUCAACCCUGCCGUGACCUUAGGGGUCACCGUGGCAGGCGGCCUGAAGAUCGUCAUGCUCUUCCCCUAUUGGGCGGCUCAGUUCUGCGGAGCCAUGGUGGGCGCCGGCUUUGCCAGAGCUGUGGCCUCCUCGCACGAGAACUUUGUGAACGCGUCUGGCGGAGCCUUUGAUGCCAUCAAGGCCGAUCAUCAGGUGGGCGUGGCCGUGCUGGCGGAGGUGCUCAUGACGUUCUUCCUGGUGCUGUCGGUGUGCCUGAGCGCGGUGAACCAUCAGAGCCGAACACCCCUCGCCCCCUUCUGCAUCGGCCUCACGCUCUGCGUCGGCAUCCUGGGAGCUGGAGCGGUCUCUGGUGGUUGCCUGAAUCCGGCGCGAGCCUUCGGCCCAGCCGUGGUGGCUAACCAUUGGGCCUAUCACUGGGUCUACUGGGUGGGCCCUCUGGUUGCUGGCUUGCUGGUCGGCAUUGUGCUCAGGACUUUGUUGGGUGACACCCGAACAAGACUGACCUUCAGAAAGAGAGAACCUUAGUCCUGAAUGAAACCAAAGACUUCCCCAUUCAGACCCAUCCAUCGUUUGGCUCAGUCUUCGUCCCAUUCAUCUGAACUCAUUAUUUCAAAAUGUUCUGUUAUGUGAAAGGUGCAAGACCACGGUUCAGACCACAUGUUUAAACAGUCGAUGCAUUGCUGGCUAAAGUUAGAAGAAGGAAAUGUAAAUAGGAAGUAUGAAUGUAGGUGGAAUAUUUAGAUCUGUCUACUGUUUUGUUAGCUUAUUUGUUUGUUUGGAAAUGUGUUUGUUUCUUAGAAGAUUACUGUGUACAUUACUAGAUUAUUUAUGUUCUGAAUUUAAAUGCGGAUGACUAUAAUUUGUUUGAUUAUUAGCUAUUCCUUUAAUCUUUUAGCAAUAUCAAAAUAUUAAUCAAUGCUGCCUAUGUUUACAGAAGCCUUGAAAACUUGUAUAUUUUCCAUAAGAUAAAUCAGUUUUUCCUCUAUAAA